AUACUGAAUUGUUCCGUACGACAUCACUCCCUCCCCACUCUCUCUCUCCCAUCAUUUACUAGGGUCAAUGUAAAAGAUUUAGACCAUUUAGUCCCUACUAAUUGAUUACUGUAUACCGUUGGACAUGUCUCUGAUAGCUAAUUUCGGUUUCAGCUCCCCAGUUGGGACGAAAGUUUUAUGACACACCAUGUGAAUGCUGCAAUCGCGAAACAAAUGCUUCCCUUUAACCUGUAUGUGCAACCCACUGGGAAUAAAUGACAUUUUACGAUAGAUGAGUCAUUGGGUUGAUUUUAGGAACGGAGUUCUUCUCAGUAAUCAAUGUGAUGGAUCUGCAUACUGAUACUGAUAGCUUCUAAUAACUUUGGCCAUGACUACCUUUCUCGUUUAGACUUUUCUCCAUGUACAUAUGUCCAAAUCCUUUCACGAAUUUAUCUCAAUACGCGUUUUAGUUCUCUGUAUAUAAACACGGACACACGCCACCGAGUUAUGUCAUCGCUACUAUAGACGAACUUCAGAAUGAACAGCAUACUGUCAUCUGGUCCUCUCCUGAUAAUUUCACUCCUUAGCUUUGCUUCUCUUCUGCUUAAAUGUCACUCUUCUUCCUCAGAUGAACUCAAGACUUACAUUGUCUACACCGGUAAGACUGAUGAAGCUUCUGCUUUGUCCCAGUACACAAACUUGCUGUAAAAAGCCUCUGAGAGCGAUGCUGUGCCCAAGUCAAUUCUCAAUCACUACAAACGGAGUUUUAAUGGCUUUGUUGCGAAGCUAACAGAGAAAGAAGCAGAAACAAUGUCGAGACUUGAUGGUGUGGUCUCCGUCUUCCCUAAUCUAAAGAGACAGCUCCACACAACAAGGUCUUGGGAUUUCAUCGGUUUCCCACAGAACGUGCAAAGAGCCACGACAGAAAGUGAUGUCAUCAUCGGAGUUCUUGACACUGGAAUCUGGCCAGAAUCCGAAAGCUUCAGUGAUCAAGGAUUAGGUCCACCACCUAAGAAAUGGAAGGGAACUUGUCAAUCCUCGUCUAACUUCACCUGCAAUAGAAAAAUCAUUGGGGCAAGGUAUUACAAAUCUGAUGGAUCAUUCAACGGUGAAGAAAUGUCUCCAAGAGACUAUGAUGGUCAUGGGACUCAUGUAGCAUCCACAGCAGCUGGAAACUCAGUUAGCCAGGCAAGCAUGCUGGGGUUGGCAGCAGGAACAGCAAGAGGGGGUGUUGUAUCAGCACGCAUUUCUGUCUACAAAGUUUGUUGGUCCACUGGUUGUAAUGAUGCAGACAUUCUCGCAGCUUUUGAUGAUGCCAUUGCUGAUGGGGUGGACAUACUCUCAGUUUCUCUUGGAGGGUUGAAUGAUAAGAAUUAUUUCAGAAAUGGAAUAGCCAUUGGAGCUUUUCAUGCUAGGAGAAAUGGAAUAUUAACGGUCACUUCUGCUGGGAAUUCAGGACCCAGACUUGGAUCACUGGGAAAUUUUUCACCUUGGUCUAUUUCUGUGGCUGCUAGUACCACGGAUAGAAAGUUAGUUACAAACGUUGGAUUAGGUGACAACAGAACAUUUGAGGGAGUUUCAAUAAAUACAUUUGACCUUAAGGAACAACAGUAUCCCAUAAUUUAUGGAGGAGACGCACCAAAUACUCAAGCAGGCUUUGAUGCAUCUACAUCCAGGUCUUGCAGUGCGGGUUCAUUGGAUCCAAAUUUGGUGAAAGGCAAAAUUGUUCUGUGUGAAGGCAGAAACAGAGCACUAGGUCCCUUCGUGGCAGAAGCUGUUGGUGCGAUUACACAAGGUCAGAAUUCCAGAGACCAUGGCACGUCUUUCCCCUUACCUGCUUCGUACAUUGACCUGCAAGAUGCUAACAGUAUUUUUGUCUACAUCAAUUCCACUAGGAAUCCAACUGCAACCAUAUUUAAAACUAACGAGGAAAAGGAUACAUUGGCCCCUGUGGUGGUCUCUUUCUCGGCAAGGGGUCCUAGCCAUGUUUCCCCAGAGAUUCUCAAGCCGGAUUUAGUGGCUCCGGGAGUCGACAUUCUCGCUGGUUGGUCUCCAAAAGGCUCUAUUUCUGGGGUUGGAGGCGACAACAGAAGUUUGCAGUUCAAUAUAAUCUCAGGAACAUCCUUGUCUUGUCCCCAUGUUUCUGGGGCUGCCGCUUACGUCAAAUCAUUCCAUCCUGAAUGGUCUCCUUCCGCUGUUCAAUCUGCUCUGAUGACCACUGCAAGGCCAUUGAGUCCCAGGUUUAACCGAGAAGCAGAAUUUGCAUAUGGAGCAGGUCAAAUCGAUCCUAUAAAGGCGGUCAAUCCUGGUUUAGUAUACGAUGCCAGUGAAAUAGACUUUGUGAGAUUCUUAUGUGGACAAGGGUACACCACAAGGACAUUACAGCUUGUGACGGGGGAUGAUAGCAGCUGCUCUGGAGCAGCUAAAGCAAGUGAUUUAAAUUACCCUUCCUUUGCUCUUCCAACCCCUGCCUCCAACGUCACUGUAAGCGGCAGUUUUAGAAGAACUGUUACGCAUGUGGGGUCAGAAAAGUCAACAUACAACGCCACUGUGAGUGGUCCUCCUGGGCUGAAAAUCCAGGUGAACCCAAGUGUUCUUUCCUUCACUUCUUAUGGUGAAAAGCAGAGCUUUGUGGUGAGUGUUGAAGGAAGCUUGGAAGCAUCUAUAGUGUCAACAUCUUUGGUUUGGAGUGACGGUAAGAUCCAAGUGAGAAGCCCCAUUGUCGUGUUCAAUUCACCUCAAUAGAUCAUCAUUAUUGUUACUAUUAAACAUUGAAUAAAUUGAUGCAGAAGUAUCCAGUGUUAUGAAGAAUUUCGUUGGAUCAUUAUGUUACUGUUUAUAGAAAAGAGAGAGAUCAAAACCCCACUUUCAAUUUUUGAA